GCUGCUCCACACGUGGCCGACUCUGCACGGGGAUCCCCUGAGGAGAGACUCCAGACUACAAGAACAGAAAAAAGCUGAAUGAUUGAGACCAAAGCGAGAGAAUAAACAAGCAUGGGAGCGUGACACGGGUCAGCGGCAGGCGGAGGAGGCGGUGAUUAAUGAGCUGUGGAGGUGUCCUCGCUGCAGGCCCGGCCUCCCCUGUGUAUCAUCCUCCUCCUCCUCCUCCUCCUCACUUCUCUCCAUCUGUUAUGAUACAGCUCCAACCGGUCACAUUAUCCUUCCCUCCGUCUGGAAACCACCGCUGCCUCGGAGCCCCUCAGGAUAUCAACUUUACUUUGCACCUGGGUGGCAACUGUUGCAGGAUCCAGUGCACACUUUUUUUUCUUUGUCUGUGAGCAUUGACUGGGAAACCUUCAGGUGUUUGAUUCAGCAGGAUCUCCGUCUGUGUGUUGUUACACAUCUUUUAUUUCUGGAGGAAAGGAAGCUGUGAGGAAUUUUACGUGAGUUGCUUUCGGCACCUGGACGCUGAGGAGGCAAGCAGGAUGCACUUACUCACUUACUUCUGGUUCCUCACCACGACUCUGAUGUUGAUCCAUCAGCAUCAAGCCGCUGCCUUCUCUGUUACGAGCCCCACAGCGGAGGAGGGCCCCCUGGCGCAGCUCCCCCACGCGGCCCACCGACGAGAGAAACGCUGCUCUUGCGAGAACCAGAAAGACAAGGAGUGUAUUUUUUUCUGCCACAUUGGUAUCGUCUGGGUCAACACGCCGAGCCACGUGGUUCCUUAUGGAUUCGGUCCUGUCCGACUGAAGCGGGACCUCGGACGCUGCCUCUGCACAAACACACAGGACGCCAAGUGUGUGAGCUUCUGCUCUAGGGGAAAAUGCUGCGGUGACGAGGACGACUGACAAACAAUUGAAGAGAUACAGAGCAGCAUUCUGGGAAAAAAGGAGCCGACACGCACUCAAACACCAGACCUGAUUAGUAACAGAAGACCUUUAUGCAUCAGAAAUAACAGAAACAGUUUGUACAGUGUGUGUGUGUGUGUGUUAUGUAAAUGUAAUGAUGGUGAAGUAUUAAGAGAGGAGCGCUGACCACUGACAAGCUCAUGUUUUUAUCAUUUAGCUGAUGACACACAGGGAGGGAGUUGAACCUGUGACCUUUCGGUUAGCUCAGCCUCGGGGAGAAAAAGGUCCAGACAUUUACAACGUUUUUUUGGUAUUUUAAUUCUAAAUUCUUGCUGUAAAUUGUCGGCGUGGUCUGUUUCUGAUCCACAGCUCUGUUGUUGAGAGCUGAAAACCUCACAUCUCCACAGCGACAACUCGUUUUUUCAGGUAGGAACAGCCGCGAUUAAAGCAGGACAGCCACAACUUCAUGUUUGUCCGAGUCUGUUUUGAAGUUUUUUAAGAACCCUGAUUAAAGAACGGCGAAAUAUAGAUCAUAACGUGUAAAUAAAUAUAUAUAUAUAUUUUAUUAAUAGACGCUUUUUAAUAUUUGAGAGAUGGAUGUUAAAAAGCCAAUGACUGAGUGUUAGGGCCACAAAAAAUCUGACAUUUGAAGAAUUAAGUUAUUUUGAGCAAAAAGUUGUAAUAUGAAAACAAAUGAAAAUGUAUUAUGAAAUAAAGUUGGAUCAAGAUGAA